AUGCCCGACACUAAAACAUGCAGCGCGAGUCGCGCCCACGACAUCCAGGUCCAUGAACACUGUCCUGAUCGACCAUACGUUGAGCUUCGCGUCCCCUCUGAUGCUAGGAGCGUCGGGGCUGUGACGUUCACGGCUAUUUCGCACGAUCAAGGCUGGGCGAGCUCCGAGAAUGAAGUUUCAUUUACCUGGUUUGAAGCAUCAGUCCGACGCCCGGCCGGUCGCUCCAACUUGCGGAGCAUGAACGUUAUGCAUAACCGGCUUGCAGAUCCUGAGUUCCAUCAACACACGAGCCGCUGGUCAGCUGAGAGUGGCCUUCUCCAACGCUCAUGGGUUCAAGCCCUUCAGCAAGGCGAUGUAAUACAGCUCAUACCAAAGGCUAGAUACCGAUGCUGGGUCAAUAUCAUAAAAGAAUGCCGCAUUGAAAUCGAGUAUGAACCAGCCAGCGAAGAGCAGAGAAAACGGCGCCCGAAGCCUUUCCCUAGCGCAGAGAGCUAUACUUAUGCACUCUCCCUUACAACAAAGGAGAUACGCCUCUUGACGGUUCAGCCCGCGGAGAACAUUACAGACAAGUUGGAUGUUUCAUGGAGCAUCGCCAACCUCGAUGAUAAGGAGAUCAAAUAUAGUGCUCUUUCAUACUGCUGGGGAGCGCCGCUGGAUACAGUUGAAAUGAUGGUUUCAUCGGACCUUGAACCGGGCAAAAGAACAUUCGACAUCAACCCGACGGUUGACUUGGCACUGCGCCGUUUAAGAAGAAGCGACCAACUCUUGCAUAUAUGGAUUGAUUCUAUCUGCAUCAACCAGGAGAACUACGAAGAGAGGUCACGACAAGUCGGGUUGAUGCGAGAUAUAUUUUCACGUGCGGAGAGAGUUCAUAUCUGGCUGGGUGAAGGGAAUGAUGGGGCCGAUGCUUGCUUAAGAAUUGCUCGGAAUGUUUACAACUACAGCCUGAAAGACUGUCCUGGAGGGAGGGACUGCAAAUGUCCAGGGACACGCCACUCAUUGGCAAUCAAAGACGUGGAUACGCUGGCUGCAUCGGAACGAGCUCAAGGCCGUCAGAAUACCUUCCAUCACAUGGCUGAGAUUUUCAAACUCUUCGAGCCCAGCUUUUCCGACGAUAUUGCGGAAUGGGCUGGUGGAUCAAAGAAAACAAAUUUGUCGACUCUUAUGGUCGCUCUCAUCUCAAACCCAUGGUUCUCACGGGUCUGGGUUGUGCAAGAAGUCUUGCUUAGCCAAGAAGCGUUUGUGCACAGCUCAAACGAAAUGAUCCCCUGGGUUGAGCUAAGACAAACGAGCGAAUGGCUUGAGGAUCCGGACUUCACCCAUUGGCAUUUCGAUUACCAUAUCAAGUCCCAAACGGCAAUACCAGCGAUUUGGAAGCGUCUCCGAGCCAACAACGAGCUCCCGGAUAUCCUUGAUGUCUUCUUUGAUGGUCAUGAUCUCCGGGCAAGUGAUCCCAGGGAUAAAAUCUUCGCACUUCUGGUCUUUGGGAAUGAAACACAUGAUGUCCAAAACCUAGACAAACUGAUUCAGCCGGACUAUGAUAAGUCCAUCGAACAGGUCUUUGCCGACUUUUCCAGAUGGUGGAUCAGGGAGAAGCGAUCACUUGAUAUCUUAUCCGCUGUUCAUAGCCAACAGGGACGCACUUGGCGACAGACAUUGUGCGAAUCCGGUGACGAUGACCAACUGCCGCGUCCCAGCUGGGCAUUAGGUCCUACCGGCCGCUCCAGGUGGUCCAAAGCGUCGCUGUGCGCGCAGUUUGACUUUUGUUCCACCGGAAAGAGAGAACCCGAUAUCAGUUUGCUCGAAACUGGUGACCCUCUAAAGCUUCUACUCCGGGGGCGGCGGAUAUCUAGAAUAUCCUCUAUGGGGUACAUUCCGAUAGAGUCCAUGUACCCCUACGGAGAAGACCCAGAGAACCGGUCCGAAGCUUCGUCGAUAGUUGGAAAGAUAUUUGAUCCUUGUGGAUUUACUGGUUUCUGGGGGAUUGAGAUCAUAGUACAUGACGAAAACGACAGGAUAAGGAGGGCCAGGGUCGAAUAUGCAGACCACACGAACGCACAUUGGGAUUAUUGUUCUCGGCCGAUGCUGCCCAGCUUUUGUCCGACCGAGGACGGAGGUUUCUGUAGCUAUGAGACAGAUAGCCUCCCAACGUGCAUGGAGAAAUCAUUUUUCGUGACAGAAGAUGGCAUGUUUGGUCUCUGUCCUUGGAUGGCAAAAGAAGGAGAUUUCAUUGCUCUUCUCGAUGGAGGCAAAGUACCAUACUUGUUACGACAAGUCGCAGGUCCAAAUGUAGGAAAAGGGGAGGAGUUUCAACUUAUUGGGGAAUGUUACGUGGAGGGAGUAAUGCACGGUGAAUACUUCGACCGUCGAGACUUGGCCGAUUCAGAAGUAUUGGCGAUAGUAUGA